GUCGUGAAAUUGUGUGCCCUGCCGUUGCCGAAUGGUGGUGCUGCGCGCAUUCUGGAGUCGCGUUUUGGUGCUUGCCGCCAGAAAGUUGAAUGGGAUUCGUGGUUUGUGUUAAAAUUUAAGAUUGAUUCCACCAACCCCCCUCAAUCCCUUGUGUCUGUCCCCAUCUUGGAAGUCAUCGCGAAAUUUUUCGGUCCGGCCUGGGAGGGAUAAAUUUAGAUUGAUUUCCUUGCUGCUGCUACUGUUAAGUGAAACAAGAGCGUUUCCCCAAAGUGGGAAUACCGAAGAUCAGCAGAGAAGGUGCAUGUGGAAAUUUCCCAAAGUGUUAAUUAAGCCUUCGAGAGCGUUGGCAAGAAGUCUGGCUCGCUUGCUGGAUGGGUGGCCCCCUUUAAGUGGUUUAGAGCUAGCCAAGUCUUGGAAUGAAUAAGAUGCUACCAGAUUCUCGUUAGGUGAUAAGUGAUAGACAGGAAUUUGCCGGGUCGUGGAAUUUUCGACAUUCGCCGGAAAUUUAGUUCAAUUUCCGAGUUUCAGCAUCUAUAAUUCAUCGGAUACUUAGGCAACUAUCAGUCGGAGCUGAGGAGAGAUAGAAACUCUUGACCAGAUAACCCCUGAAUCGGUGCAAACAAGCCAACAUGAGCUUCGAGGUUAGGCUCCAGCGAUGAUGGCGAAUAGACGACUAAAGCAGCAAAUGGAAACCGGAAAACCGGAAGCGGAAAUCGAUCACUUGAUUUGAUUGGCCCCGCGUCUUCUCUGAAGUUGUCUGCUUGCCGGAUAACUGGGAAGGAAAACACUCAAGGAAUAGAAAAAAAAAACUCUUGGCAGCAUCCGGUUUUUGCAGCUCGUGAAGAACCGGAAGAGACAAGCUGACAAGUUUUCCAAAAGGGGGCAAAUGUACACACAGUUAUAAGAGCAAAAGGGGAAAGGGAAAAUCGCGUGGGUUACAAGCAGUAAAAAGAAGGUGUUGUGCAAUGUUUCUGCAAUCUGCGAUGGUGGAGGUAAAUGUGGCACUUUCUGAGGUUUCCCGCGAUGCGGAGGAAAAUUUCUAACGGGAAAGUGUUUAUGUGAUAGAAAAAAGAAAAGUGAACCCAAAGGGUGAGGAAAAUUUCAAAAACAUCUCCUACCAAGUUCACGUGUUUGUUCCAUAAACCCCGUAGAUCAGCCUAAUCCGGUUGUGCAAUCGUGUGCAGUUUGACGAGAAAAUAAAGUGGAAACGAUAAGCCGGGUUUUUUCGCUAGUUUUCUUCUCGUGUCCGCCCGCCAUCAUUCCCAUUUGGAGGUGGGGAAAAUCCGCGCUGCUGCUCCUGUUUGUUCGAAAGGGAUGAGAAGGCUCCGGGACUGCAAAAAAACCCAGUGACACCAGUGGCGUCACCGUGAUGUUUAUCUUCAACUGAAUCCGGUCGAUCUCAAGUGCAGGGCACAUUACCGGGACCCGCCAGGGAGUGAUAAAAAGUUGUAGACGUUUCGCGCUAGUAGUUACAGUGUUUAUUAUAGCGGCGUUCCGAGAUAAAUAGGAAAAAAAAUAGUUAGCCCACCCACCGUCACGAUGGCCAUUACGGUGACAUUGGCGACCACGCUUGCGAGCGGAAAAAUGACCGACGGCAGUGCUCGUGUUAGUUUACUACCAUCGAGUACGGAAAUGACCACGUACAACAUUUUAAAUGAAGCCAUCAACUUCACCGUGCCGGGAAUUCCGAUUGGGGAGGACCUUGUGGAGAGGAACUCGACUAGCAGUCAACCGCAGGAGAUGGAAGAUAUUAUAAUGUCUAAUCAAUUCGUGCAGACAAUUUUUUACAUUCUGUAUUCGAGUAUUUUUAUCCUUGGCAUUUUCGGGAAUGUGUUGGUGUGCUAUGUGGUCUUCCGGAAUAAGGCGAUGCAAUCGGUGACGAAUCUAUUUAUUACGAAUUUGGCACUAUCGGACAUAUUGCUAUGUGUGCUGGCGGUCCCAUUUACACCAACCUAUACGUUUUUGGGACGUUGGGUCUUUGGGCAGCUCAUCUGUCACACUUUACCGAUGGCACAAGGCUGUAGCAUCUACAUAUCAACGCUGACGCUAACUUCCAUUGCGAUCGAUCGGUUUUUUGUGAUCAUUUAUCCGUUUCAUCCGCGAAUGAAACUGUCGACUUGCAUCUUCAUUAUCAUCUUGAUAUGGAUUUUUUCGGUUUUGGUGACUCUACCCUAUGGUUUGUUCAUGCGGAUGCAUGACGACGCCAACGGAACGUAUUUGAACACCACGCUGCUAAACGCCACGACGCCGGAGAAUAAAACCUAUUACUGUGAAGAAAUGUGGCCAUCGGAGGAUAUGCGUAAGGUUUUCUCGAUCGUAACUUCGAUCCUUCAGUUUGUGCUACCUUUCAUCAUAAUGGCGUUCUGCUACAUCUGUGUGUCAAUUAAGCUGAACGAUCGAGCUCGUACGAAGCCUGGAUCGAAAACAACCCGCCGAGAGGAAGCCGAAAGGGAUAGGAAGAAACGCACAAAUCGGAUGCUGAUCGCCAUGGUUACCAUUUUCGGGGUCUCAUGGCUGCCCCUAAAUUUAGUCAACAUGUGCAACGACUACUACCCAGACAUCAAUGGGUUACCAUUUUUCAACCUUCUAUUCUUCAUUGCCCACCUGACGGCGAUGAGUUCGACCUGUUACAAUCCUUUCCUGUACGCGUGGCUCAACGAGAACUUCCGGAAAGAGUUCAAACAGGUCCUUCCCUGUUUCGAUCCCUCGCGGGGACGCAGCGCCGUCUCGACACGACGAUCCGAGCACCGAACCUGCAAUGGUAACGAAACCAUUCAAGAAACGCUGAUCCCGUCCUCACAAAUCUUACCACCACUGAUGUCCCGAUCACCUAACACCACCACUACCACAACCACCACCAACACUAGUGAAUCCAACAAACAAACAGUAGAUUCCAUUCUCCUAUCAGAAGUGGUCCCACCUCCACUUCAAAACCCUCCCCUCCUUCCCUCGAUACAGUCUCAGGAAACCAUCAUGCUACCGUCCGGAGUCCUCGAGACCCCUUUUGAGGUGAAACUUCCUCCACCGCCGCAAAAGUGCGCUAGUAAUGGUAACUCCAAGAGCAGUUCCACCAAUACAACUACCACUAGUAGCACAACCACUAACAUCAACAACAACAACGGUUUCGGAAAUGGGGGAAUUUCGAAGAUGGCGACCAAUGCCAACAAGUCCGUCACCAUCUCCAGCACCAGUACCAAUCCUAAGCUACAAUCUCUGAUCCUGAUCAACGAUGGUACCUGUGGUGAUACCAAGGUGCCGGAGGUGCUAUAAGCAUACUAAGCAAAAUGGCACAACACUAAAACUAAAAUACAAACGAACGAAAAUCAAAUGUGAUUCAUGUGUGCGUGUGUGGUGAAUAAUUU